AUUGUUCGAACAACCAGAUCCCGGAUGCUAAACGUUUUAAGAACUCAGAAUUGAGACAUGACAUCGUCAGUUGGCUGUAUAGCCGCGUGUAGGGUUCCUUCGGGAACGCACCGUGCUGCAGCGGCUUUCACUGCUUUGAGAAGCCCAAUUGACUGUCGAGCAUCGUCGUAUGCAACGUUUACACCGGAAGAUAUUUACGCAAUUAACCCUAAGUCAAACGUAGUUUCUUGCAAAGUGCCAGCCAAUCUUCCAAAAAAUUUCCCUCGUUUUACUGAUUUCCUUUUCGAGAAAACCGAACGUUUUUCUGAUCGUGAUGUAUUGGUGUGUUCCCAGAGCGGAAGAAAAUUGAGCCACUCUCAACUGCGCCAUGAAGCAAGAGCUUUUGGAUCUCGUCUAGUCGAGCGAGAAAUUCUGAAGAAUAAGAAUGACUCUCUUUCGAUUGUGUGCCCUAACAGCAUCGAGUUUGCCAUCAGUUUUUUUGGAACCAUUGCUGCUGGCGGCGUGAUUUCUCCAACGAACCCAGUGUACGUGAAAGAUGAAUUGGCGCAUAAUUUUCACCUUGCUGAACCCAAAGGCGUAGUUACUACUUCAGCGCAAUUAGAUGCAGUUCUAGAAGCAAUCGAUUUGCUUGGAUCCAAAAACACCAUUGGAAGCGUCAUUGUUACCGACAUCGCGACUGAACGCGAUCUGAAACACAAGUUCAGAAUUCCGCAGGGAGUGAAAAUUCUUCCAUGGGGAGAGUUUAAUGGUCAGACAUCUUCGAACGCCAUGGUCAAAGGAGCGGAUUCGUUUUCCCAGGACGACCUAGUUGUUCUUCCUUUCUCGAGUGGAACUACUGGUUUAGCAAAGGGGGUUCAUUUGAGUCACAAAUCCUUAGCAGCGAAUAUUCUGCAAAUGUCAUGCCCGGGGAUGUCAAAUAUUCAAGAGCACGAAAUAUUGGUCGGUCUACUUCCUUUUUUUCAUAUAUAUGGGAUGAACGCGAUCUUGGGCUUUGGAAUUUAUCACGGUGGAACGAACAUUCUCCUAGAAAAAUUCGAACCUUCAGCUCUUCUGAACUUACUACUGAAGUAUGAGCCAACGCUCUUCCAUUUGGUUCCCCCAAUCCUGAAUUUCUUGGCCAGAAGUCCGGACGUGAAAGAAGAACAUUUGGCCUCACUAAAGACCAUCACAUGCGGCGCAGCGCCGGCACCUGUCACCGUUAUAAACGAAUUGAUAAAAAAAUUCCCAGGAAUGACGGCAUCUUUCCAAGAAGGCUACGGAAUGACUGAAGCUUCCCCCGUAACCCAUUGGAUCCCGUAUGGAUGCAAAAAUUUUGGUUCUUGCGGUGGUCCGUUACCGGAUACACGAUCAGCUAUUAGAGAUGUUUCGACCGACAAGUUUUUAGGUUCGAACAAAAACGGAGAAAUCGUAGUUCAAGGUCCGCAAGUCAUGAUAUGCUAUCAUAAAAAUCCAUCUGCAACUGCCGAUACAUUAACGGAAGAUCGAUGGCUCAAAACCGGAGAUAUUGGUUACUACGACGACAAAGGAUUCUUCUACGUGGUCGAUCGCGUGAAAGAAUUGAUAAAAGUCAAGGGGCUGCAGGUAGCUCCCGCGGAGUUGGAGGAUAUUUUGCACAAGCAUCCGUCACUCUCUGAUGCCGCUGUGGUUGGAAUCCCGCAUGACAAACUUGGCGAGGCCCCGCGAGCGUUUGUUGUGCCAAAAAUGGGUUCCGAUGGGAAACCCGUGGAUGUGGAUCCCGUAAAUGUCCAGAAGAUGGUCGAAGAACAUGUUUCUGAGCACAAAUACUUGGCCGGUGGGGUAGAAGUUGUGGAAAGCUUACCCAAAAGCCUGACAGGAAAAAUUUUGCGACGGCAGCUCAAGGCUGAUUACCUGAAGAAAUUGGAAGGCAAAGAUUGAAUCCAGUAAUACUGUCGAAAUUUAAUAUAAUCCAGGGGAAGACUCGACAAGAAAUUUCUGAUACCGGAAAACUUGUGUACAUAUCCUACCGAUUAGCAUUAUUCAAUGUGGUGGUUAUUGAAAUCUUUGGCCAGAAUGUAUUCUCCGGGUUUAGCGAUUAACAGUAUGUGCGAAACUGAGCUUCCAAAACCCGAGGCAGAUAUUUGAUUCGGGAACGCAAAACCGCGAAAUUUUCCGAAGUGCUUGUAUGUAGUUCGACUCUUGUAUAUUUUUUUUUUUUUCUGGACAAAAUGUGCUCAAUUUUUUUUUUCUAUUAUCCAGAGGAUCAUUCGGAGGCUCUCGUUUCUCAGGUGGUGCGGUUUAUGUCACCCUGCCGUCACGAAGAAAAAUAUACUUCAAUCAAAGCUUUGACUUGGUAUCGUAUAUAAACUAGGUGUCAAUUAGUAUUCGUUGAGGGAAAUGUUUGGCUGUUCGGGAUAAAUGCAUAUUUUUGCGAGAUUUAUACGUAUUUAGGUUUGCUGUUGGGUUCAAGGGACAUUUAGUGAUAUGUAUUGUUCACGUGCUCAAAUGUUCAUUUAUUCUUACAUUCCAUUGUUCAUUGAUUUUUAUGAAUAUGGGACUGCAACUGAAUAAAACGGAUUCCUCCUCUUUUGUGGCUACCGAAA